AUGGCGAACGAGAACGAUAAAAAGGAUGAAGAAAAGGAUCCAAUGGACAAUGUUCGAUUCAAAGAGGGGAAACAUUUCGGUCAGUGGACUAUCGAAAAAACACUUGACGAAGGCGGGUUUGGUCAAGUAUAUCUUGUGAAAACAAAAGAUGGGAAACGGGCAGCUCUAAAAGCCGAAUCAAAUGAUGUGGAAGGUGGAUCAGCGAUCAAAUUAGAGCAGAUGAUUCUUAAGAAGCUGAACAAGAAUGGCCCAGUACCUCAUGUACCGGAACUGUUUGCGUCGGCAAAACGAAAAAAGUAUUGCUAUAUGAUCAUGACACUUCUUGGAGAGAAUCUGAAAUCUCUGAAAGCCAAACAAAAGAAGGAACGAUUCACACGUGGUACAUGGUCCCGAGUUGGGAUUCAAUGUCUCUAUGCUCUCAAAUACAUGCACGAUUGUGGAUUCGUGCAUAGAGAUAUUAAGCCACAGAAUUUCAUGUUGGGAAAUGAGGAAGAUAAAGAAAGAGCCAGAAUUGUUCAUGUUUUGGAUUUCGGUUUGGCUAGACAGUUUGCAAAAUAUAGCGAAGACACAAAAAAGUGGAGUGCACGUCGUGCUCGUGGAACAGCAGAGUUUCGAGGAACUCUCCGUUACACUUCACCAAACGUUUGUAUGCGUAUGGAACAGGGACGUGUCGAUGAUGUUUGGUCCCUUCUUUUCGUUCUUAUUGAACUCAAUGGAGGUCUCCCAUGGCAGACAGUCCAGAAGAGAGAAGAGGUUGAAGCAAUGAAGAUAACUAUGCCCGAUCGAGAUGUUAUGCUUAACAUGCCUACAUGCAUGGGAGGCGUCAUUCCACAUUUGCGCACACUUCAUUAUUACACAAGACCUGACUAUCAUUUGAUCUUCAAAGCUCUUUGGCAGGUGAUGCUCAAUGAAGGUCAGACUCCACGUUCUCGAUUCGAUUGGGAAACCAAGAAUCCAGAUCCUUCCAUUGCGCCAUCCGAUUGGGAGAAUCCUGAUGGCCGUUAUUUCAAACUCGACGAAAUUGGAAUAAACGGUCCACCUCCCACUGGAAAAGACGCCGGCGAAUCAACUCAUGCUGAUGCCGAUGCAUUGAAAAGCGACAAAGGGAAAUCUUUGAAUACGAAGAGAAAAAGUGAAAUGAAAAAGAUUUGA